UGCCCUCGGGUUCAGUAAAGCAGAACGUCUUAGAGACAAUGCAAAGCCAUUCAAUACAGGAUUCUCCAAGCAAGCCGGCGAGAGACGCUUAUAUUAUAGAGAACUGCAACUAUUAUAUUAAAACGGCAUGUUAAAAAGGCACUGGCGGUGUUGUCCAGCAGUCCGGCUGUGGUGUAGUGAAGGGUUCAGGUUAACUAUUGCAGGAUGUCUUUGGUGAAAGCGCUCAGUGACCCACCAGCGCACAGGGUCCUGUGGAUGCACAGGAGAACAUAGCAUCCCACAAACUCCCGUGAACCAGGUUUCUUUCUUUUUCUUUUUUUUCGCAGAUUAAUUUGUAACACUGACAGUUUGAUUUAACUUUUUGGAAAAACGCCGCAUACUGCACCUCAUCCAAACAUAUAAAACAGACCCGAAGCAUAACGCAUCCGAUCCCGUUAAACUUUGCAAAGGCAUGAGAAGAGCGCGUUCUGCGUCAACCAUCCCUGCGCAGCGCGUCGGCUUCCGGUGAAGAUGGCCGGGUUGUAAUUGUAGAUCCGCUUCAAUUAGAUUUUUUUUUGUUGUUGUUUAAAUAGUUUCAGGGACACUUUGUUAAGGUUUGCUGCUGUCGGGUUUUUGUGUCGUUGUCGUUUUGAAUUAUUUCUGUGGAUUGCAAUAAUUGCAAGCUACACAACGCGACGCCAUGGCGGGAGCAAUGGAAUCAGAGGAGCAGGCUCGGAUUCGCUUCCAGCUGGAGCUGGAGUUUGUGCAGUGCCUGGCUAACCCAAACUACCUCAACUUCCUUGCCCAGAGAGGUUAUCUGCAAGAGAAGCCAUUUGUGAACUACCUGAAAUAUCUGCUGUAUUGGAAGGACCCAGAAUAUGCCAAGUACCUGAAGUAUCCUCAGAGCCUACACAUGCUGGAGCUGCUGCAGUACGAGCAUUUCCGCAAGGAGCUGGUGAACGCGCAGUGUGCCAAGUUCAUCGACGAGCAGCAGCUCCUGCACUGGCAGCACUACUCCCGCAAGCGCAUGCGCAUGCAGCAGGCCCUGGCCGAGCAGCAGCAGAGCAACGCAGCGCCCAAGUGAGCAGGGCUCAGUCCGGCUCCCUCCGGAGGGAAAGGACCUUUCAUGGUGUCACUGUGAGGAGCAGGACGCUCUGCUGAAGCUUGCUACAGUACCUUCCACACUGCAGCCCAGAACCUGCUUCCUUCUAGAGUGUAGUUUCAUGGACCUGCUGCAUUAAAGACUGAAGCACACCUUCAACAAGAAGCGUGAAGGCGAUGUGAACAUUGUACCUACUGCAGUCAUUUAACCAGACAGGACCCCCUCAGAGUGCGUCAAGGGGCCUGUUGUUUUUUCUGUUUGUGUUCUUAAUAAACCAUUUUCUCUUUA